GGGACCCUGUCCUGACGCGGAGGGAUGUGGACUCCUGUGGGUCGUGGCAGGUGGCACGGUCGCGCGCUCACGGUGUGGGCCGCCGCAGCUGCACAUCGGGGGCUCCUGGAGCCUCGUCCCACGCCCACCCGUGAGGCUGCGGCCAAGUCCAGGACUCUCGACCGGCUCUACAGCUCUGCGGACCGCAAGGAAAAAAUUGACCUAUCUAGAUUCUCUGUUGAAAAUAUUAGAAAUUUCAGUAUAAUUGCACAUGUGGAUCAUGGCAAAAGUACUUUAGCUGACAGGCUCUUGGAACUAACAGGCACAAUUGAUAAAACAAAAAAUAAUAAGCAGGUUCUUGAUAAAUUGCAAGUGGAACGAGAAAGAGGAAUCACUGUUAAAGCCCAGACAGCAUCUCUUUUCUAUAAUUGUGAAGGAAAGCAGUACCUUUUAAAUCUCAUUGAUACACCAGGCCAUGUUGAUUUUAGUUAUGAAGUAUCCAGAUCACUCUCUGCUUGCCAGGGUGUUUUACUUGUGGUUGAUGCAAACGAGGGUAUUCAAGCGCAAACUGUAGCAAACUUCUUUCUUGCCUUUGAAGCACAGCUGUCGAUAAUUCCAGUUAUAAACAAGGUAGAUCUGAAGAAUGCUGAUCCUGAAAGGGUUGAAAAGCAAAUUGAAAAAGUGUUUGAUAUUCCAAGUGAUGAAUGUAUUAAGAUAUCUGCUAAACUUGGAACAAAUGUUGAAAGAGUUCUUCAGGCAGUCAUUGAAAGAAUACCACCUCCUAAAGUGCAUCGCAAAAAUCCCUUCAAAGCUUUGGUGUUUGAUUCCACAUUUGACCAGUAUAGGGGCGUGAUAGCCAAUGUAGCGUUAUUUGAUGGAGUGGUUUCCAAAGGAGAUAAAAUUGUAUCUGCACAUACUAAAAAGACAUAUGAAGUUAAUGAAGUAGGAGUUCUGAAUCCUAAUGAGCAGCCAGCACAUAAACUAUAUGCAGGACAGGUGGGCUAUCUGAUUGCUGGGAUGAAAGAUGUCACUGAAGCACAAAUAGGAGAUACAUUAUAUUUACAUAAACAACCAGUGGAGCCCUUGCCUGGGUUUAAAUCAGCGAAACCAAUGGUAUUUGCAGGAAUGUACCCUAUAGACCAAUCUGAAUAUAAUAACCUGAAGAGUGCUGUAGAAAAGUUGACUAUCAAUGAUUCCAGUGUGACAGUUCAUCGGGAUAGUAGCCUUGCCUUAGGUGCUGGCUGGAGGUUGGGAUUUCUUGGACUUUUGCAUAUGGAAGUUUUCAACCAGCGACUGGAGCAAGAAUAUAAUGCUUCUGUAAUUUUGACAACCCCAACUGUUCCAUAUAAAGCUGUUCUUUCAUCAGCAAAAUUGAUAAAGGAAUACAGAGAAAAGGAAAUUACAAUCAUCAAUCCUGCACAAUUCCCUGAUAAAUCAAAAGUAACAGAAUAUUUGGAACCAGUUGUUUUGGGUACAAUUAUCACACCAGAUGAAUACACUGGAAAAGUGAUGAUGCUUUGCCAGGCUCGAAGAGCAGUUCAAAAGAAUAUGAUGUAUAUUGAUCAAAAUAGAGUUAUGCUUAAAUAUCUCUUCCCUUUGAAUGAAAUUGUGGUGGAUUUUUAUGAUUCUUUGAAAUCCUUGUCUUCUGGAUAUGCUAGUUUUGAUUACGAAGAUGCGGGCUACCAGACUGCAGAACUUGUAAAAAUGGAUAUUCUACUGAAUGGAAAUCCUGUAGAGGAGCUGGUAACUAUUGUACACAAAGACAAAGCACACUCUGUUGGCAAAGCCAUAUGUGAACGUCUUAAGGAUUCUCUUCCUAGGCAGCUGUUUGAGAUAGCAAUUCAGGCUGCUGUUGGAAGUAAAAUCAUUGCAAGAGAAACUGUGAAAGCUUAUAGGAAAAACGUUUUGGCAAAAUGUUAUGGUGGUGAUAUUACCCGAAAGAUGAAACUUUUGAAGAGACAAGCAGAAGGAAAAAAAAAACUGAGGAAAAUUGGCAACAUUGAAGUUCCAAAAGAUGCUUUCAUAAAAGUUCUAAAAACACAAUGUGAUAAGUAAUUGGUGGAAAAAAAUACAGUGAAUUUUCAUAAAUUAAAA